CCGCGCUCCUCACUUGUAUCGUAACAUCGUGUGCGGAAGACAUCGGGCACCUGUAAGUUGUUGUUUGCACGAAGGAAAGUAUCAGAACAUAGACCAAGAAUGUUAAAAAGGUAUUCUUCCGAAGACUUUGUACAACUAUGAGUUUGGAAGAUCCACAACCUAUGGAAUGUGUUCCCUCCAGUGAUAAUCGAAUGUGUGCUAUAUGCUUAGAAAAGGAGUUCAAAUACAAAUGUCCGAAAUGUGAAAUCAGAACUUGUAGCCUCUUUUGCUGUAACAAUCAUAAAAGUCAGUUUGAUUGUAGUGGAGUAUGUGAUACUGUUACCUAUUGUCGACGCGAAAACUAUUCUGCUUUUCUUUUCCAAAAAGACUAUCGAUUACUUGAAGAGAUUGACAGGAGAAAUGCUCAAAGGGAAGAACAGCUUUUAUCACUAUCUUAUCGAAAUAAUGUAAGAAUCCGAAAAAGAAGACAGUUAAUGAAAUUAGCUAGUGAAUACGGGAUCACCCUUCAACUUGCACCAACACCUGUACUUUCACGUUCUAAGGUGAACAAAACUCGUAUUCAUCUACAAAAAGAUGAACCUAAGAGUAUUUUAUGGAGUAUAGAAUUCAAUCUAAUGCCCUUGGAAGAGAAUUCAAUCACCACACCUAAUGUUAAUCAAUCAAGGUCAAUACGUCUGGUUGUACAUAACCAAGAGCAACAAACACGUCUAUGCAACAUAUGGAAUGAUCAUUUGUUAAAUUUGUCAUCUGAACAACAGAUGGGUUGGUUACAUAUUCCCCUCCAUGUUCACCUCCUUUUGGAAAGAUUUCAUCAUGGUUACACUGUAGAACAGAUCGAUCUAGUGAUCCUACAACUUGUACAACUAAGGUAUAUUUUUACGUGAAAGUUCAAGAGAUAGGUGUUCCACAAAUGCAGGAAGAUGUCAGUACAACACUAACUCGUCGAUAUAAUUACGUGGAGAUAUUCACAACGAAUAAACUGAUUAACAUUUUAACUAUUCCUGGUCUUAUAGUUCAUGAAAUGCCUACAAUAUAUGUGUCAAAGCAUGAAUUACAGAGUGUAAAUAAAUGCUAAUAAAUCCACAUUAGUUUUAGCUGUAUAAGGUAACGAGAAUUAUGACCGCAAGCUUCUUUCUUAUUUUGUGUAGGUUGUCAUGUCUCCAUACAGUUGCUACCGAUGAACAAACUUAUACCACCAUCCAUAGGCAUUCAAGUCGCUGGUUUUCCAGACAUUACUAAAUCACGAACAAAAUAUUAUUAUUAUUAUUAUUAUUAUUAGUCCCUUGGGUUCCUAGUGGAACAUAGGGCUUCAGUAGCACGCCUCCAGUGACCUCUGUUCUCUGAGAUCUUUUGAACCUGGUUCCACGACAGCCCAGAAGCUCUCAUUUCCUCCUCGCACGACCUCCUCCAUGUCACCCUCGGACGUCCAACUCGUCGCUUCCCAUGGGGAUUCCACUCGAGGGCCUGACGCGUGAUGUCCUCAGUCGGCCUUCUCAGUGCAUGGCCAAUCCAUCUCCACUUCUUCCUGCAUAUUUGUUGCGUGAUAGGUUCUUGGUUGGUUCGUUCCCAGAGUUCCUUGUUGCUUAUUUUUUCUGGCCAUCUGAUCUUCA